CUCGGUGGGAAACACGAUAGAAAACGGGCAGCUAUGCCGCGCGGAGCAGAAAACGGGCUGGACUCGUCCGCUUGGAACAACGGCCGCUGCACCGGAGGACCGACCCGGGGACUGCGGGACCGGGAGGCUGCUGAAAGGCGUUAACAGCUCAUCUUUCCCCGGGGACAACAUCCUCCUGAUAACCGCGGCGGAAGCAGCCGACCCCCAGCUCCUCUCGUCCGCUGUCGACGUCUAGGAUUUUUUGUACGUUUCGUCUGAGAGGAAGCGACUGUAAAUAAAAAGCGAACCGAGGAGCAGAGCGACAGCUUCGGCUCCACCAUGGCUCCUCCGGCGCUGCGUGUGCACGGCUGCUGUGUGAGGACGCUGUGUUUGCAGCUGCUACUGUGGAUUUUAUGUUCCGUGAACGGAGAGGAGCAGCCGUUCAGCGUGGAGGCAUGGCUCCAGAGGUAUGGCUACCUCCCUGCUGCAGACCCCAGAAUGUCAGUGCUGCGUUCCGCUCGAGUCAUGCAGUCCGCUAUCGCUGCCAUGCAGCGCCGCUAUGGCCUCAACAUCACAGGGUCUCUGGACAGCCACACUAUAGACAUAAAGAACGUGACACCCAAGGUGGGUGCUGAGGAGACCCAUGAUGCCAUUCGACGAGCCUUUGACGUUUGGCAAAAUGUGACGCCGCUGCGCUUUGAGGCUGUGGCCUACAGCGAACUGGAGAGGACCAAGAGAGACGUAGACAUCACCAUCAUGUUCGCUUCAGGUUUCCAUGGGGACAGCUCGCCCUUUGAUGGCGAAGGUGGCUUCCUUGCUCAUGCCUACUUCCCAGGACCGGGAAUAGGAGGUGACACGCACUUUGACUCAGAUGAGCCGUGGACGCUGGGAAACCCCAACCAUGACGGUAACGAUUUGUUCCUGGUAGCGGUCCACGAGCUUGGUCACGCUCUGGGCCUCGAGCACUCCAAUGAUCCCACGGCCAUCAUGGCUCCUUUCUACCAGUACAUGGACACUGACAACUUCAAACUGCCCAUGGACGACCUGCUGGGCAUCCAGAAGAUUUAUGGGCCUCCCGAUAAGAUUCCCCAGCCCACUAAGCCUUUGCCGACAGCGCCCCCUCCCCGCUCUCAUCUUCCCUCAGACCCACGUAAGCCAGACAGGCAGACGCGACCUCCGAGGCUGCCACCAGGAGACAGGCCAUCCCACCCCAAUGCUAAACCCAACAUCUGCGAUGGCGGCUUCAACACGCUGGCCAUCCUCAGGAGAGAGAUGUUCGUCUUCAAGGACCACUGGUUUUGGCGGGUGAGAGAUAACUCUGUGAUGCCGGGGUACCCAAUGCUCAUCAGUUUCUUCUGGAGGGGCCUGCCACCCAAGAUAGACGCCGUCUACGAGAACAGCGAGGGCAAGUUUGUCUUCUUCAAAGGAAAGCAGUUCUGGGUGUUUAAGGACACCGUGUUGCAGGCUGGAUACCCGAAGGACAUCACCCAGUUUGGCCACGGCAUGCCAGCCCAGAGCAUAGAGACGGCCGUGUGGUGGGAGGACGUGGCCAAGACCUACUUCUUUAAAGGGGACAGGUACUGGCGCUACAAUGAGGAGAUGAGAACCAUGGACCCUGGCUAUCCCAAACCCGUCACAGUGUGGAGAGGUGUGCCUGACUCGCCACAGGGGGCCUUCGUCGACAAAGCCAAUGGUUUCACCUACUUCUACAAGGGGAAGGAGUACUGGAAGUUCAACAACCAGUUCCUCCGGGUGGAGCCGGGCUACCCACGCUCCAUCCUCAAGGACUUCAUGGGCUGUGACCUGACGCCCAUCGACCCCGGCCGCCCGCCGGCUGACGACGGCAACUCGGAAGUCGUGAUCGAGCUGGACAACGAGGCCAACACGGUGAAGGCCGUCGCCAUCGUCAUCCCCUGCGUGCUCGCGCUGUGCCUGCUGGUGCUGGUGUACACCGUGGUGCAGUUCAAGAGGAAGGGCACGCCGCGCCACAUACUUUACUGUAAGCGCUCCAUGCAGGAGUGGGUCUGAGACAUACGGACGGACGAGCGGGUUGGGCAGAGGGACGUGAGGAGAGACUGGUGAAAACAGGACAUCGAGCCCCCACUUUCACAAAGACAAGGACGGUGGACUUCUAUUGUACGAUGCUCAGCCACGCCGCCUCGGUAUGGUGAUCUGACGGCUUCGUUCUGACCCACAGAAACGGCCCCUCUGGACUUAAAGUCGACUCCUCUAACCCCCGGCCUUUUUACAAACAAAGGGGGCAGGGGUCACUUUGUGGGGGGGUGGUCUUUACCUGAAUGACCUUGAGUCCCAGUCCCAAAAAAAACAAAAAAAACAGGAGGGUCGGCAUCACUUUGUAUCUCAGACUUCCUGUCCCCUCCCUCUUUUCUUCGUGUGGCUGACUGCUCGUACCCAGAGGUGGGACGUUCAGGGGGACGCUGCAUCUGCAUCUGUCAUAUCAGGUCGUUGAUUAAACAGCAGUUUUAUAUUUUCUGAUCUCGGUGCCCCCCCCCCAGCCAACUCACCCACAUUCUUCAUUGUGCGCUCAGAAGACGAAGAAUCUCAGAUAAACAUCACAUUAACAAUUCAGUCCUGCUUUUAUUUUAUUUUUUAAAUAUCAGUUGUUUUACUUCGAGGUCCUCACUGUUCCCUUUAACACGCUCCUGAGGAAGAGACCAAACGAAACCAAAUAAAAUCAAUUUCUCUCCAAAGAGGAUCACAUUUUUUCCUUUCUUUUUCCUUUUUUUUCUUUUCGAUUCAUCCUUCCUUCCCUUCUCUGGAUCAUUGUGGAGACUUAAGAGUCGGGGAGCUCUUGACUGUUGUGGCAGUCUGUUUGAGACACAGGGGCCAAAUUAUUCUGCAAUAUUUUAACUCGCCUUAAUUAUAGAUCAUACUUGUGCUUGGUUUUCGCUGUUCUUGGUGUUAUUUUAUGUUUUUUUUGUAUACCACUGUUUGUUUGUUUGUUUGUUUGUAAAGGAGCUAAUUCGGAGCUUCCUGUGAUUAGUAUUUCUGUAUUUUAUUAUGUUACCCAGAGGCCUCAGCACUGGUUUGCUGAGAGUUCUGGACAUAAAAAACUAGGGUCAGCCUGUAUUGAGAGAAACGUACUGUAUUGUAACAAGAUGAUGGAAGGUUCUGGAGUAAAGCCACUAUUUUUAUGUGUUACUUUUAUUAUUUCCACAUGACACGAGCUCAUCAAGAGUUUGACAGUCUUAUUAUUGCAUUUGCAUUAUUUUUUUGUCCGUGGCCCAUAAUUCCCCUCAGUUUGUGCAUCCAAACUGGUCAUUGUGUAUGGUUGUAUGAGAUUGGACAGACUUUUUU